GCAGAGAAUCGUCUUUCUGUGCACAAAGGUAAUUAGUAACUGAACUGUAUGAUGUCCUUGAGUUGUUACCUGCUUCUCCGGUUAGACUGGUUAGAUGGUGCUGAAAAUAAAAUACAUUUCCCUAUUAACCUUGGUCAUUAUUCUACCUAUUGAUCUUGGCAAAGAAGAACUAAGCAUUUUCGAUCUUGGCAAAGAAGAACUAAACACAUUUACUUAUAGGAAUAUUAUCUGGCACUAUUGUUUUUUGUGUUUUUAAUAACUUCCAGAAGUCAGCCCUUGAGUUAUUUUGUUGGCUAAGCACAGAAAUUACAACCUUUCUAGCAUUGGUGAGACAGCCUUGGUUUGAGCUUGGGGAAUUUUUUUUUCUACGUCAGACCUUUCUGAAAUUAGGGGAUUUUAACGCACUGAAGACACAUUGUAAAGUUCAUACGGGAACUUCUCUGCAGAAGAAUGAAGUUGAUCCUACUCCUAAUUUUAAAACUGUCAGCUGUAUGUUCUGAAAGUCACUCACUCAAGUAUUAUAUCACUGGAGUCUCCUCUCCAGGAUCCGGACUCCCUGUGUACUCUGUGGUUGGAUAUCUGGAUGAUCGGGAGAUAGAGAAUUAUAAUAGUGACACCCGACAAUAUCUUCCCAAGACUGAGUGGAUGAAGCAACUGGAUCCUGAUUAUUGGGCGAGAGGCACAGCUCUGAAUCAAAAACAGGAGCCUAUUUUUAAGCAAAAUGUGCAGAUAGCAAUGAGCCGAUUCAACCAGACUGAAGGGUUCCAUAUUUUCCAGUCAAUGCAUGGCUGCAUGCUGGAUGAUGACGGCACUGUCUUGGGGUAUGAACAGAUCGGAUAUGAUGGGAGAGAUUUCAUGUAUCUGGACACACAGAAUGGGAUCUGGAUCCCGGCCAUGUAUGCAGCGGAGAUCACCACACAGAGAUGGAACAGCCCAGAAGAGAGUCAAGGAAACAAGAACAAGAACUAUCUGGAGAAUGAAUGUAUUGAGACUCUGAAGAAAUUAAUCCAACUUUGGAGAAAUGAUAUGAGCACAGUUCCACCAAUGAUGAAGGUCUCAGCAGGACAUACGCUGAGUGAUGUCACCAAGCUUCAUUGUCAGGUCUAUGGGUUCUAUCCCCAAGCUGUGACUGUAAGGUGGAUAAAGAAUGGAAUCGAUACAAUUAAUGAAAAUCAGGCCAACCAUAUCCUUCCCAACCCUGAUGGCACCUAUCAGACCACACUAAGCAUAGAGGUGCAGGUCAGGGAGGUGGACACUUACUCCUGUCAUGUAGAUCAUAGCAGCCUGCAGGAGACGGUCAUUAUUCUCUGGGGGUACAAAGCACAUAAGGAUCAAAACUCUCAUGGUGACAGUAAUCCUAAUAUUGGCCUCAUUGUUGGGCUUCUUGCUGCUGCUUUUAUUAUUGUUCUUGGGCUCAUUAUUUGGAAGAGACGCUCGGUCUUCAGAUUCGUCCAGCAAGCAGCAGGUCACUGCAGCAUCUUGCCAUCUUUCCUGCAGCCAUCAGAACCCGUCUGCGGUCCAGCAAGCAACACGCCUUGUCAGCAGGACACAGAAUAUUGGGAUGGAUACACUCACCCUUCCUGAUUCAGAAACAUAGGAAGCAAAUAUAAUUCCACUCAAAGAUU